AUGCCCCCAAGGCCACACGUCGUCCUAACCCCGACGUCCGACGACGAGUCGGCGUCGUCCCCCUCCCCCUCCCCCUCCGCCGGGGCUCGCUCGCCCCCAACCCCGCCGACGACGCGCGACCGCAAGCGCCUGCUGCCCCCGCCAACACUCACCCUCCUCCCGGGCGACAGCGAGCACGACACCCCGCGCAUAGCCAACACGCUCGCCGGCGCGCGCCGCAACCCGCGCUUCGCGCUCACCGCGCUCGGCGACGCGCUGCGCCAGCUCGAGGCGGCCAAGCGGCACUUGGCGACGUACCGCCGCCACCGGGGGGAGCUGGAGCGCGAGGUCGCCAGGCUGGAGGGGGAGAAUGGGGUGCUGAGGGCGCGUGUGGCUAGGCUUGAUGCUAUCGAGCGGAUUGUUGGAGGCCACAAGAAGGAGGCAGACAUGGCUGGCAAGUCUGCCACUGGGGGCGACGACGACCCCGCGCGCAAGAAGCGCCGCCGCGCGUCCAAGUAA